AUGGAGCCAGUGAAUCUUACACAAAUUUCACAUUUUUUUCUUCUGGGAUUUUCAGAGAAACCAGAACUACAACCUCUCAUAUUUGGGGUUUUUCUCUCCAUGUACCUGAUCACUCUGCUGGGAAACCUGCUCAUCAUCCUGGCCGUCAGCUCAGACUCCCGCCUCCACACGCCCAUGUACUUCUUCCUCUUCAAUCUGUCCUUGCUAGACAUCUCUGUCACCACCACCACCAUCCCAAAGAUGCUGGUGAACAUCCAGACACAGAAUAAAGUCAUCACCUAUGCAGGCUGCCUCACCGAGACAUAUUUUUUCAUACUUUUUGCUGGGUUGGAUGUUUUACUCUUGACUGUGAUGGCCUAUGACCGGUUUGUGGCCAUCUGCCACCCCCUGCACUACAUGGUCAUCUUGAAUCCCCAAAUAUUGACUUGUGCAUUUUCUACCUGUGCAUCUCACCUCUCAGUUGUCUCCUUAUUUUAUAGUACGAUCCUAGGAGUUUACCUCAGCUCUGCUGCUACCCAGAGCUCACACUCAAGUGCAAUUGCCUCAGUGAUGUACACCGUGGUCACACCCAUGCUGAACCCCUUCAUCUACAGUCUGAGGAACAAGGACAUAAAGAGGGCCCUGGAAAGAUUUCUUGGCUGGUAA